ACACAACUUGAUUUCAUACCACCACCUUCCUCCUCACAGAGAUCAUAUUCCCAGUGUUUCGCUCGCUGACGUAGUCCGAAAUCGCCUACGAAUAUUGAAAGUUGAUUCUGGAGAAAAGUCGGCAUCAUCCAGGGACCAGCGAAGGAAUUAAGAGUACCUUUCAAAUACUUAACUGGCUACCAUAUCACAGCAGAUAUGCCGUCUUCUCUGCCUCCGUUGGUCGCUCUUGCCGAACGCCCUAUCGGAUCGAUUGUAGAUGCUGCUCGUAAUACCCAUGGACGUCAUAAGGAUAGUGAUAGACCACCUUCAUGACGAUAUUCAAACCCUUCUUGCGUGUUCCCUUGUUCACUCCUCGUGGACAACAGCAGCUCGGCGGUAUCUCUUUCACUCUCUCGUCAUCCGUAUCGUCCGAAGCUUGAGGGACCCAUACAACCCACGUCUUGACAUGAGUUCCUUCGUGGAAAGACUUAUCGGUAUUUCCACGCUGCCUGUUCGGGAAUAUACGCGUAAACUGAAGAUAUGGGGUCACGAUGAGACUCAAAGUUGGGGCCUUCAUUGGACUGCAAAUUUGACGACGCUUCAAAAACUUUUCGCAGUCUUUCCCAACGUUUCCGAGCUCGACUUCCAUGGUUUAUCCUUGGGGCCGAUGACCAGGCCCCUUCUCCCUUAUGACGAGCCAGAUUUUGACCCAUGGAAUUCCCUGGCGGUACCGUCCCAGUCGGCUCUUAACUAUGUCUCCUUCUCUUCGCUUAACCUCUACAAUGUUAAAAGCUUAUCCGUGGUAUUCGACAUCCUCGGCCUCUUUUCCUCAGUAGAUAUUCUUCGUCUUUCGGAAGGCCCCAUUUUCAUGCGUGAGCAGACUGUCUUGCUCGAGGCGCACCCGUCGUCGCUUCCCGAUGUACGAUGUCUUCAAGUUGACUGCCUCGACCCCUGGUUUAUCAAAUGCCUUUUUCACGGCAAUCGAGUCCAUGCGUUGCGCAGUCUGAAGUCCAUCAUGUUUUCUGGCUACUUUACUGAUCAAGUCAACCCGACGUCUGGGAUCAAUUUCUUACUUCGUGAAUCCGGAACCUCCCUCCAUUCGCUGGAACUUUCCGUCACCGAAGUAGUAGGUAUGGCUAUGUCAAGCAUUGUGGAGAUACGGAGGACUGUCGAAUCUGAUUUCAACAUCUACUGGAACACUAUCGACUUCUCGCCCUGUACAUCUCUCCGAAGGCUAGUAAUUCGUUCGGAUUUUAACACACGGUAUCCCUCUCCGUUUCGCCGUGAACUGGUGCCAUCAGAGAACCUUCCAGAGCACCUGAUCAAAUCUGUCCUGGAUGUCCUUGCCCAGUUCUUGGCUUCAGCUCCUGGACCCCUCAAUUCACUUGAACUCGUCAUCGAUCUUCGCCUGUCUGAUUUAUCAGACACAUUGUAUCCCAUGGAUCUCAUGCUUGCGCAUACUUCGUGGGAUCGGCUUCGCCAGAUCCUGCGUGAUUUUAGUAGACGGUUGCGUCCGAGUCGGAUUCGAUACUUGCUUUCAGACGAGAAUGGACGAGACACGAGCGUGUGGAAGACGAACUUCGACAACCUCCGUGCCAGAAUUCGGGUAGAAUUUAUGGAGCUGGAAGAAGAAGGAAUCUUGGUGAACCUGGAAUGAAAAUGGAAGUGCGGCUUUGUACCUCAGUUUGUUAGCAUAUCAUGCGUUCGGGAAAACUCUGAUUUCGUCUCGUUUCAUCCUGGCUAAUCCCCUAUCAAACCUUUCGCAAUUUCUUCUCGAACGGCUUUCACAUGUUUAAUUGUCCUUUCGUUCUCUUUACUCACACCAUCGCACUAUUCCCGUUCAAGCCAGAUUAUCGUUUCUUGUGCCGUCAGCAAGAUUGGAGCCAAUGCCUGUAUACGUCCUCAUCUACAGGUUAGCCUCGCAACCAUCGACAACGUCUCCCAUAGUUUACAAUCCCAGUAUCGUUCUCUUUGAAUCUUCAGACUCCAUUGCCAUGUUGCCGUGUACAUCACAGUCUCACUUGCCUACGUUCUCAUUAGUAUGUUACGUGAUUCUAUGUAUCCCAUACUCCAUUUUUGUAUUCCUUCCCCCUUGAUUACAAAAACUCCGCAUCAUCAUCUAGUUUACGCACUCAAGGCAGCGCGAGCCGUCCCAAGUGCACACAUUUGGUUGCUUCAAGGACUAAGCCUUUCAUACAGUAGUUUAUUUCGUUCAAGCUCCUGCAGGUGACAAAAAACCUCAUACUCAACCGAUUGUCAUGGAGGUGGGGGGAAGGUUGAGAGGGCUCGGCAGGCCGUAUAUACCUUCCUACAAUAAGGUACAUAUUUCCUCGGCUCAAGAGGGUCCAACCU